AUGCAUCCACAACACCCACCACAUCCCAUUGUCGAUUUGCCUACACCAUCCUCUAGUGCACAACUUUUACCAUCAUCAUCAUCAUCGCCACCCGAAAAGAAGGACCAUGAUCCACCUGUUUCACCUACUGCCAUUUAUCAGCACAUGAUUUUGUCAGGUACAUUGGAUACCAAAUCUCCCGAAGAAUUACGAUCCCUUGUACAAGAGGCAUAUACAACACUUCGAGCCAAAGAAAAAGAUAUCAAGUUGGCAGCUGAAGUGGGAUGGGCUUUGCUUGAAAACAAUUUGGAACUCAAGGCCAGGCACGAGACAUUGGAAAAAUCGCUUCAUGUGAAUCGAGCUAGCAGUCCUGAACUGGAUAUGAAACCAUCGACAUCCAUUCUCACCCGAUCCAACCACACCCACGCCACAGCAUCUCGUAUUUUGCAACGUGUCGAUUCUAGUGAUAGUCAACAAAGCAAUGACUCUAAUAGCACCAUGCGAUUGAUUUCAAGGGAGCAAGCGGAUGAGGCCAUUGUACGCAUGCUAACCGAUAAGAAUGCUGAGAUCCAGCACAUACUUGAUACCACGUUGGCACGACAUGAGGCGGCACGUCAAGCGGAUUUGGAACGUACACAACGACUCGAGCAAGAAAUGAACCAGCUGCAAACAAGGCUUGAUCAAGCAGCACAAACAAUAGAACGACUUGAAAAGUCAAAGUCAGCGGCAUCACAACAACAAUCAGCAGCAGCAGAAGAAUCCAUGUAUUCCUCAUAUGACGAUCACAUGCUCACGGCACGUCUUGCUCAGCUCCAACAAGAGCAUGAGCGCUUGUUAGCAGGCAAAGCAACUACCCAAAGCAAGCUUGACAAGGCAACUUGGGAUUUGGAACAGUGGCAACAACAAAUUGCCAAUCUAGAAAUCAUUGACCAAAAAUACAAAGUACAGCAAAUGGCAUUUACUCAGCAAGCACACGAUAUUACUCGACUCACAGGUGCUCUUGAGGAUUACAGAACACAAAUGACACAAGACGAUACGACAAGCAAUAAGAGUAGCCGUCGUAGUCGAGUUGAGCAGCAUGCGUACUUGGACAACGAUACACAAAUCACCUAUUCAAGCGAUAAGCUGAAACAACCAGCAACAAUGACGCCAUCCAAAAGUAACCAGACGACCAGUUUAUUGUGUGAGCUUGAAAGGACAUGGGCAAAGGAACGUCGUACCAGAGCAGCUCCUCCACCACCUCUCACACUUGUAUCUUCUAAUCAUGAUCAUCAUCAUCGUCAUCAUCGUCGUCGUGCAUCAUCCACUUUCACCGAUAGCGCCACCACCAAUAGAAAAAGCAGCGUACAUGAAUUACCACAUCCUCUAUCCGCUACAUCGCCUGUACACCACCAGCACCACCACAUGUUAUAUGAAUCCCAAACGCAUACAUCAAACGGUGGUGGUAGCAAUAUCAGCAUGUCAUCAUCAUCAUCAUCCAGUGAAGGUGGCAUGUUGCUUCCUUCUCCAUCGACGUAUUCAUCACUAUCAUCACAAAAAUACGCUCGAUCUUUACAUCCAUCCCCAAGUAGUAUUGUUGCUGGAUUUGAAGAUGGCUCAUGUACCAUUCCACCGUCAUUGUAUGCUAACCUUUCAGCAUGUUGCAGCCGACGGCCUUUGAUUCCUAGUCCACCUAUCCGACGCUUCAGGAGACGCUCUGUUGUUGUUCCAUCUUCAACAUCCACCUCCUUGUGUUCCAUGCUUUUGUGGUUCCCAUUGUUGAUGAUUCACAAGAUUUGGGCAUGGUACAAGUUUUCGCUUAUUCUAUUUCUAGCGGUGCUCAUCAAUCUCUGGCAAGGUCCAGACGCCAUUCUUGAAAAGUAG